AUGGAUCCGAGGCAACGACUAUACGAAGUCUACCCAGGUGGAGACAUCGUCCACCCACCCCCGUUUCCAAAGCGGCCAGAUCUCUUUAAUCGAGCGCCACUAGCCCCAGCGUUGACCGAAGACGACGCAUUUCUUGCCCGCCGAUUUUGGCAGCAGCCCGAUGAGUCCCUCGGACGUGCAUGGAAGGCACAUCCCCAUCGACCUUAUACACGAGCAACCGAAGAAAAACGAUCGGUAAUGCAUGCGUUGGCUCACAAUGUCUAUGAGCACCUGAUGAGCAAUCCACUUCUGCCUAUUUCUCGCGAGGAUGCACGAGUCAGAUUCACAGCGGAGGGCUUGGACGAGACCUAUAAUGGCGUGCAGGGGCUAGACGCAAUGGAACAAAAAGUAUUCAUACACGGCCUCAACGUCAGAGACCCGGAUCUUUGGACGAAAGAUGCACUCACAGACGAACUGACAUCAAGGGGUUUAAGCACAGACGGGAGAAAAAUAGACCUUCAACGUCGUCUAUGGGAAUACGAAUGUGAUGAGCGCUUUGGGGUCUCGAGACAAAGCAACCUGAGUCACUGGGGUAUUCAUCGUGAGCCAAGGCCUGUAAUGAGCCCUGCUACGAGAACAGAUAUGUCUGCACUUGAAAUGUACACUGCAGCAAUUAAACUGAGCCCAUACAACCCAACUUACUGGAACAGCCGCGCGUACUGCCAUUAUCUGCUGGGCCAUUUUGAUCUCGCCAUUGGAGACGCCUAUCGCGGAGAACUUCUCUGCGAAGUGUUGACGACAGCAACCCAAAGGAACAAACGCCCUGGGAUGUAUACCAGAGUUUGGGACGCCAUUCAGCAGCACUUGAUGGUAGAAUUGAAGAUCAAAGGAGUCCCAAUGACAAGGGAAGUUCUGCAAAUGAGGAAGGUAAAUGGUAUCAACUAUUUCAUUCCAACUCUGAGAAACGCCCUUCACAGUAUCACUAGUCUUAGCCUUGCAGCACUGAAUUGUUGGGAUGAUUUCGACGACCACAUGCAGGGUCAACUCCAAAGACCACUACCAUACCGCGACGUAUCAGUCCCCAAAAAGCGGAUGACAGUACAACCAACACUCACAAAGGACAAUUCCUUCAAUGGGUUGGGAGUCUUCGCCACUGCAAACAUCAAAGCAGGAACCCUGAUUCACUACGAGGAACCCGUUAUUCGCGGAAAUCUCAUACCCAACAGGCUCCUUGAUGAUGAAAGCGAAGAGCCCCUCCACGCCCCACGAUGUGACAACUGUCAAACGGCGAUUGACCCAGACGAGGUUCGGCAUAUCGGGGACAACUGGGACUCCAUUCAUAAUCUGGCACCCCUUCCGGGAUGGGGACACCCGCCUACUUGUGCGUGUCUUGACAUGAUGUGUAAAUGUGCGGAUGUCGGAUACUUCAGAGCUACGAGGGGCGCUCUGCUAUUCUGUUCUUCCAACAAUGUAAUAUCAGACGGCGUGGCUCCCCAUUGCUUGGCUAUUGCGCGCGAGACAUACCAUUUCCAAGAAUUCUGUGGCCUAGAUUGGGGCUGGUUGCACGACGCAAUGCGACCUAAUAAAGUGGCGUGGGGGGGAUCGCAGUAUUUCACUCACACAAAUGAACGCCACGGGACCGUUUUGAGUCUACUCUUGAAGAGCGUGCUCGAACUCACGCUCCACCGCCGCCAAGAGGACCCUAAUCUUCUCGCGCAUGAAAUUAACGAACUCCUCAUUCUUGAGGCAGGUACUGACACGAACGAGCCGUGGAGAGAGAGCUGGUUCCCUUUUACUCUGGCUGGUAAUAUCCAGAUACCUUUCGAUAUCCUCUUCAAUCUUGGAGUGGAUAUCUUCAGCGACCUUUCAUUCGACACUUGGAUUAUUCAGACCGUGCUACGGAAGUUGCUGGUCAAUGCUGUGCCCUGGGAACAUGUACGGCGAGAUGCAAACCCAACAUUCAAUGACUGGGAUGGUCCCAAGCCGGUGCUACACCCAACCCUACAGUCUAGAAUGAAAGACAGACUUGAAGACCUCUCGGCAAUGGAGCCAUCAUUUGGGAACUUCUACCUCUUCCCUGGAUUAAGCAUGUUCAAUCAUUCCUGUCGCCCUUUUGAAAACGCACUGUGGGGAUACGACAAAAAGGUCCCCAACCGCGUAGUCAUCUGGGCGAACAAAGAUAUCAAAGCUGGAGAAGAGAUUAGAAUUCCGUAUCAACGUUAUAGGAUCGCUGAUGCUGUCGGUGAAGAUGUCGAACUCAAUAUCCAUGCCGUGCAGUUGUUUGGAAAGAAUUGCGGGUGUCCCAGAUGCCAAGGCAGAGGGCUUGUUCCUCCUGUUGAUAAUGGAAAGGCCAAAUCCGUGUCCGGUAGUGAGGCUGUUCAGGACGAUGGGGCUGUUGAUUGGACACCAGGGCCUGUGAUGAUUCCUCCAAAGCAGGAAAAUUGGCGUGGUGUUCUCGGAGAGGACGAUUCUGAGCUUGAUGAAUAUAUGAAAGAGUAUCGGGAGAUUGUGGAUGAUAUAUACGACCAAUAUUACGAUAUCGAUGACCCGGAAUCCCAGGAGGACGAUGAGAAGGAGGAUGAGGGGGGCGCAUUAUGGGGAUGA